AUGGCUAAAAUUCCUGUCUUUUUCUUCGUCUUUUUGUGCCUGGGUUUCAGUGGUCUCAGAUCUUCCACUUCUGCCAGGCUCUUGAUGGAUGACGAAGUCGACGCCGAGUCUCUGCCUCAGCCGGCGGCGGUUACUCCUCCUCUCUCCACCAUCCCUGCGCCGGCGGCCACUUCGCCGGCAACUCAGGUCGGAACAACUACGCUACCGUCGACCACGGGGAGCCAGAUUCCGGCAACCACUCCAAUUCCGGCAGCCACCAACGACGAGGAAGACGACGACACGGCAGUACCCCAAACCAACCCACCAGUAGCAGCAGCCAACAAUCAAGGGCCAACUGAAGACGAUGAAGAAGAUGACAAUUCAGCUACUCCAGCCGCCGCCGCUGUCCCCACAUCAACACCUCCAACUAAGCCCCUUCCGGCGGCGGCGGCGGCGGUGGGGGUAACGGGCACCGAACCAAUUUCAUUUUACAUGCACGACAUCCUGGGAGGGUCCCAUCCCUCCGCCAGAGUAGUGACCGGAGUGAUCGCGAAUUCCGACGACAGUGGCCUCGCAUUUUCAAAGCCCAACGACAACUUAUUCCCAAUCCAAGGAACACUCCCCUUACUCAACAACGACAACCUUAAAAACAUCAUCAACAACAACAACAACCUCCCUUUCCUUGCCGGCUUCAACGGCGCCUCCCAAGGGAACAACUUGCUCCUCCAAAACAGCGCCAACAACGGCAUCCUCAACGGCGAUGAAGACAGCCAGCCCUUUGUCACUGCCGGCCAGCUCCCAUCUAGAGUCACCCUUCAGCAGCUCAUGUUCGGCUCCGUUACCGUGGUCGACGACGAGCUGACCGAAAGCCACGAGCUUGGCUCGGCUGUGGUGGGGCGUGCGCAAGGUUUUUACUUGGCUAGCUCGUUGGAUGGGACUAGUCAAACUGUGGCUCUGACGGCUUUGUUUCACGGCGGUGGACAUGAACACGUGGCUGAGGAUAGUAUAAGCUUCUUUGGGGUUCAUCGCACGGCAGCGAAGGACUCGCAGAUUGCGGUGGUGGGAGGGACGGGGAAGUAUGAGAAUGCUAGAGGGUAUGCAACGGUGGAGAUGCUUCAUCAUGAAGUGGAUCAGCAUACAACGGACGGUGUAGAUACUAUUGUUCACUUUAGUGUUUAUCUCUCUGAGGAGUGAUUUGGGAUUUGAGAUUUGCUGCUGUUGAUUGUUGUGUUUAUGUAUUUUAAUGAAAUGUUAU